CGCGAUUGAUCCAUUGAUCAUUGAUCCCCCCAAUUGAUCCUGCCCACAACAGACGGCGCACGGGCCCCCGCGCCGUACCGAGGGGUCUGGUGUGUGUGAUCCGACGCGCGACCCUCGCCCAUUAUAAGCACUGCGCGCCCGCCCUCCACCAGACGCCUUUCUCUCCAUCCCCCAUCCCACUCCACUCGCACCAACAACAACUGCCUCACUACCGUGCCUUGCACCCCCGCGCAAACCAACCCUCUUCACUUCCUCUCACUUCAACAACAACAACAACUUCUUCUAUCAACAUGACUGGACGCGGCAAAGGUGGCAAGGGCCUCGGCAAGGGUGGAGCCAAGCGUCACCGAAAGAUUCUUCGCGACAACAUCCAGGGCAUCACCAAGCCCGCUAUCCGCCGUCUCGCCCGCCGUGGUGGUGUCAAGCGUAUCUCGGCCAUGAUCUACGAGGAGACCCGCGGUGUCCUCAAGACCUUCCUUGAGAGCGUCAUCCGCGACGCCGUCACAUACACUGAGCACGCCAAGCGCAAGACCGUCACCUCGCUCGACGUCGUCUAUGCCCUCAAGCGACAAGGACGCACCCUCUACGGUUUCGGUGGUUAG